UCCUCAGCUUGAUCACCAAACCGAUCAUCCCACAUUAACUCUAUACUACCUACAAGGAGAAUCAUGAAGCUCCUCUACACCGCGUUACCCCUCCUCCUCCUCCUCCUCCUCCUCCUCUUGGCCUCUGAUCAUUUCCAAGCCACCAUGGCUGGUUCAGCAUUCUGCAAUGGAAAAUGCAAGGUGAGGUGCUCGAAGGCGAGCGAGCAGGAGCGGUGCCUCAAGUACUGCGGGCUGUGCUGCGAGGAGUGCCGGUGCGUGCCCCCCGGGACCUACGGCAACAAGGACAGGUGCCCAUGCUACCGCGACAAGUUCACGGGCCACGGCCGCAGGAGGCGCCCCAAGUGCCCCUAGAAGUAUAUCGCGUGUCCCUACGUACGUAAUUCAUGUUUGAUGGAUGCAUGCACGCCAUGCACCAUCUUUCAUGCAGCUAGCUAGCUUUGUACGCACGUACGUACGUGUGUUAACGUUUAAUAAAGAUUAAUGAAGAGUUCCAUGUAUGAGAAGUUGCUUCAGAAUUUAAAUGAUAACGGACG